AUGGUAACAUCAAAAGUGGCCACGGGUCUUAGCAAGUUAACAAAUAUUAUUGCUGAAAAUGUGGUCAAAUAUCUAGAUAUAUUUAGGGAAGAGAACCGUUAUUAUAUACGAAUGGAGUUGUGUUCUGAAAAUUUUCAGUCAGUCCUAUCACUGAAAGGCCCGGCGUUUGGCCGCCGAUCGGCCGAAGAGGCCAUGAAUUUGUCCGAGUUUUUCAUUUCGUGUCAAAUAUUCGCAGAGCUGUUGGAAUGCAUACAAUGUUUGCAUGAUUUGAGUCCAGCAGUCAUUCAUCGGGACCUCAAACCCGAGAAUGUGUUGAUUGCAGUCAAUGCCGGCAAAUGGCGGCUAAAAUUAGGUGACUUUGGUUUAAGUGAUGUCUUUCAACGUCUGUGUUAUAAAAGAGAUGCGAAAUAUUUAUCGCCCGAAGAAACUAAUGGACAAACUGUUGAUUACAAGACAGAUGUUUACAGUGCGGCCAAAAUCGCACGAAAUAUCUUUGAUUUACAAUUAAAUAAUGAAUUUUCUGAAUUGUAUUCUUCGGACAAAACUCUAUCCAAAAGUGUGACUGAAUUACAAAAAGUUUUGAUUUCUAUGCAAUCGUUGGAACCCAAAGAUAGACCCGAUUGUCGACAACAAUUACAUAGUAAAUAUUAA